GUGGUGAACUGCCCUCGGCUCGGGCCCUUCGACUUCGCGGACCUGGACAUCUGCCUUCGCCUGGUCGACCGCUGCGAGAGCUCGAACGCCGUGUUCCUGUCGCGGGCGCAGGAGAGCGAUCAUCGAAGAGGCGUCUACGGAACCGAAGGAGAUGCGAGGAUUGUUGUCGCACGUGGAGACGAUGUUAUUCGAGAGUAUGCCGCCAGCGAAGACCUGCGACUGACGCACCUGGAGUUCAGGAAGCAGGCCAAGGACUCAGAGCUGGAGCCCACCGUCGCCGGCUACCUCGCCUGGGCCGAGCGCGAGUACCCCCCGGGGAAGGAGCUGGUGCGCCUGUCGGAGGGGCGCGGCCUUCUGGACAACAAGGACGUGGAGACCGUCCUGGAGGAAGACCUCCGGAGGCCGGCGCCCAGCAUGUUCAGGAGCGACGGCCUCGGGCCUUUCCGGGAGAUCUUCUACCAGUGGGCCAGGGCGAUGCACAGCAGGUUUGACCUCUUGGUCCUGCCGCACCACACGCAGGUGGUCACCCUUCUCGCAUUCAGGUGCUUCCUGGAGGCCGAAAAGACCAAGCAGACCCCGCACUCGUUGAUCGCCCAGGUGGGCACCGGCGAGGGGAAGUCCAUGAUCGUCGCCGCCCUGGCCAUUUACGUGGUCGUGGUGCUCGGCAAGAAG